GGACCAAUGAGAAUGUCGGUCGCACCAGUUCAACAGGGUCCAUUUAUGAAGGAUCAGUUGGUUCAAUUGCGGGCACAGAUUAAUGCUUUCAAGCUACUUUCCAAAUCACAGCCAGUCCCUGAAACAUUAUUACUAGCGGCCGAAGGAAGACAGUUACUCAGUCAUGCACCUAUUGUUAUGAGUGGACCACCUGCACCAAAUGUCCCUGUACAACAAUGGAAUCAAUCUUCUGUAAACUCCAUGCAAAAUUCACCGUUUGUCGGGUCUCCUCAGUCGUCUGUCGUUCAGAGUGAAUUCCAUCCGGCGAAUCCCGCCCUAGCAAUAUCUCGAGUAAGACCUAAUAUCCCACCCAGUUUAGUGGCUGCACGUAUAGGUCCCCCAGUAGGCUAUCAAUCAUAUACAACCUCAUCUUCAAAUGGAACCUUUCUGCCUGGGGGUACUGGCACAUAUGGGAGGAGUAGACUUACUCCUAUUCAACGACCUCAGGGUUUGGAUCCCGUAGAGCUACUAAAAGAGAGGGAACAGCGUAUCCAGUCUCGCAUUGCGCAGCGUAUCAAAGAACUAAGUAGUCUUUCUGUAUCUAGUACAUCGGAACAAAGAGUAUCAUUAUUGAUUGAACUUCGUGCUUUGCGUCUACUGAAUUUUCAGCGACAACUAAGGCAAGACAUAGUGUCAGCUAUGCGCCGAGACACGAGCCUUGAGACAGCUCUUAAUGUCAAGGCGUACAGAAGGCCGAAAAAACAAACUCUUCGAGAGGCUCGGUUCACGGAAAAGUUGGAGAAACAAAUGAAACAUGAGCAAGAAAAAAGGCGUCGUCAAAAACAUCAAGAAUUUCUGAAUGCUGUUCUUAGCCACGGAAAAGAUUUCCGAGAGUUUCAUCGUAAUGUUAACAGCAGAAUGGUGAAAAUAAACAAAGCCGUUCUAAAUUACAAAGCCAAUGCUGAGCGUGACAAAAGAAAAGAACAAGAACGAAUUGAUCGUGAGCGUAUGCGACGUCUUAUGGCUGAAGAUGAGGAAGGUUAUCGCUGUCUUAUUGAUGCGAAAAAAGACCAGAGACUUCAUCACUUACUCACCCAAACAGAUGAAUUUAUUAGUAAUUUGACUAAACUUGUUCGUGAACAUAAACGAGAGCAAAGUAAGCAGCGUUUUAGGGAACGGUCGGAAAGAAGAAAAUUCGCACAGGAAUCAGCUCUGCAAAAUGCUGUUGUAUUCUAUCGAAAAUUGGCUGAUGAUGUCAUUAAAAACGGUGGACAACCCCCGGCCUAUUUUUCUACUCCUCCAUCUACUGAGAAAUUUCCUGAAGAACUUAAUCAAGUAAAUCGUGACUGGUUAUGUGGCAAAAUGUCGUCUUCUAACAUCCAGUUACCUGACGUGCGUAUACUUAUGUAUCAAACAACAACAAAAGAAAUUGUUGGUGGUGAUGCUGCACUUUAG